AUGUUCAGGGUGCUGCCGACGUGGGCGGCCAAGGCGUGGAACCCGCGGGGUACGGGCCCGUCGCAGACGCUAUGGCGGUUUCUGCUGUUGAAGGUGCUCACGCUACUCUCCCACCACUCUCUUCUGCGCGGUGCAAGCAUCCGCGAGAUCACGCUCCCCGACAUAUUCUUGUACCGACUGGCGAGCACCUCGUCGGUGAACCCGGAGAACCAGCCGGUCGUCAUGGUCAUCGCUGCGCGGAACUCGAAGACGUCCAAGGAUGCGCGUCUGCAGCAGAGCUACGCUGCGCGGCACCUCGAACCGGAGUUGUGCGCCGUCGGCGAGACGGGCCUGUGGUUGCACUUCAUCCUCGACCAGAUCGGCCAGUUUCACGGCGUCCGCCUCAUUCCGCCGGUGGACACCAGCACACGCGCGAGCUGGUACAAGAAGCACCUCUUCUUCGCCAAAAACGACACCGACCAAGGGGAGCUCUCCGCGGCAAGCCACCAACGCUGGACGCGGCAGUUGUGGGACAAGAACGGGGUGUUCUUCAAGAGGAACGUGCACGCCGCUCGAGCGGGAGGGGCCCAGGAGCUGGCCAUCGACGGCACGCCGCGCGCCGAGAUCGCGGAGCUGGGUCACUGGGCGCUCGACAAGAUGACGCGAGCGUACAUCACCGCCAUUCCGGUGGGGGUGGUGAUGAAGAAGGUCGGUUACUCUGGUUACAAGCAGGACUACUUCUUGGGUCGGAGCAGGGUGGAGCCCUCCGAUAAGCUCUUGAAGCUCCUCGCCGAGCACAUCUUCCCCGGCGUCGACGACAUGCUGAAGACGGCGGAAGGGAAGGCUGCCAAGGGGUCCGACGCCGACAAAGCCGCGGUGCACUUCUGGCGCACACUCCAGAUGCUGCGCCGCAUCGUCGCCGAGGACCUAGCGGUGAAGCUGGUCCGCACACCAUGGCACCCGUACGUCCAAGGCUCCCUGCUCUGCCGGAUCCCCCUCUUCCAGCACUGGGCGAAACGGGUCGAGAGGGUCGACACCGAGACGAUCAACAAGCGUCGGGACCCGACCCAAAUUCAGGCAGAGGAAAUCUCUGUCCGCAUGGACACCGAGUACUACAACAUAUCCCUCAAGGCGAAGCUGACGAAGGAGAUGGAGCGUGCCGCGAACGAGAAGAUUGACUUCCUGGAGGAGCUCGAGAAGCGCGACGACACCAUCGCGUCUCUCACCGCCGAGAUAACCCGUCUCACCGAGGCACUCCGUGUGUCAGAAGCACGGAGAGUGCCGGAGGCCCCGCCGUGUGCUACCGCGCAAGCUCCCAGCGAGGGUGGCUCGGCGGAUUCGGCCAACAUGGGAGCCGGCGCCGACGGAGGGGACGACAAACCCCCGCCACCCCCACAGACGGACGAGGAGGCUAGUUACGAGCUCAACGUGGUACAACCGUGGCGGGAGGCCAAGACCGUGAGGGACGCCUGGCGCCUCUGGAACUCCGCCACCGCUAAUGACACCCGUCGGCUUUGCGACAGGAUCGCCGAGCCGGGGUUCAUCGACCGCCACACCCUCCUCGCCGGCGCUACGCAGGGUGCACUCAACAAGAGGGUGUGCCGCAUGCUGAAGGUCAUGGAUGCGGUGCGCCAGCUACGCGCGAGCGACGGCGACGCCGACACCGAGGCCGUGGUCGACACACUGCACAGGAUCGCGGCAUCGGGCAUCGGGACCUUCGCCGAUGCCCUCACGGUGCUCAAACCGGGAACGGCACCGAUGUUGUCCAAAGAGCCUGGUUUGGGAGUCAAGGGGCUGGGCCCCAAGGUGGUCUCGAAGCUACGCCUUGCCUGUGCGCUUGUGGCGCUCAACCUGAAGCAGAGUGAUUGGGUCGAAACCCUGUUUCCAGACACGUGGGAGGAGCAGAUGCCGAAGACCAAGGCCGACCUGGCGAAGCCGACGGCCCCGGCCAAGUCGACAGCACCGGCCAAGCCGACCGCUCCGGUGCACCGUCCUCCGACCAAGCGCAAGAAGUCGGCAUGA